AGAAGACCGCGGCCCGUGUUCUAGGGACAGUACUGUAUUCUCCGCCGUAAUCAGCAGACAGAACGGGCCGUGUGAAGGGACAGAACAGCGUCCGCUUUUAGCAACACAGGACCGUAUUGAAGGCGACUGUGAAUCAGUGUUGUGUGAGAAUCUUUAGAGCCCUGCGCGGAGGGAAGCAGCGGAAACAAUUCUUUUCGUCCCGAGUCGGUGACAACAAGUGCUUUUGAAUACACAAAGAGAGGUUUAGAGAAAAGGGAGAGAGGCGUAAAAAAGAAGAGGAAGAACGAGAAGAAGAGGCGAUUGCGAUCUACCGAUUUUACAAACUCGACUAUGGCGUCCGAAAACUCUACUCCGACUGCGACUUCGACUUCGCACUCAACAGAUUCUGCGAAGAAUUGCGGCAAACUGAAGGAGAAAGGCAUCGAGGAGGCGGUUUCGAAGCUUCUCGAAGGCUACGACUGGACGAUGCUGCCCAUGACCCAGAAGUCGUCGCUGAAGCACCGCGCCCACAUCAAGCGGCCCAUGAACGCCUUCAUGGUGUGGGCGCAGGCGGCUCGACGGCGCCUGGCGGACCAGUACCCGCAGCUGCAUAACGCCGAACUUUCCAAGACGCUCGGCAAAGUGUGGAGAGUCCUGAGCGACGAGGAGAAGCUUCCGUUCAUUGAGGAAGCGGAGAGAUUACGAGCCCAGCACAAGAAAGAUCACCCAGACUAUAAGUAUCAGCCCAGACGUCGGAAACCUCCCAAAAGCCUGUCGAGCCUGAUGGAGGCUGACUCAGGAGCAGGACCUUUGCCGUAUCGUGUCCAAGGGGGUCUCAUGGCUGGCAGUGGGGGUUACUGCCCAGGGGUUGGCAUGGGCAUGACUCUGCCCCCCUCCCAUGCCGCUACCCACCCUCUUCGUUCCAAUAUAUGCCAAUUUCUUUCUUUCAGGUCCGGCUCGUCUGCCAUCGCCCCAGGUAUGGCCGAAGGGAACGCCAGAAGCGACUGUAGUUUCAGCAAAUCGGCCGCUUCCUCCAUGUACGGCAGAGACCAUCACGGGAGCCACACGCAUGCGCACUUCGCUGGUCUGGACGCUUCGAAGGCUCAGCUAUUUGGCCAAAGUAAUAGCAGUACCAGUGGUAGUGGCAGCCAGUACAUGAAUGACUCAAACCCCGGAGCUAAAAUGGAGGCCGCAAUGGCUCUCCAAGCUGCAAGGAACAACUUCUCUUCAGCAGCCUCGUCUUCGUCUUCUUUCUCUCCGUCCAGUUCCUCGUCCGGUUCUUCGUCCUCCACUUCGUCAGCAGCCUUCUUCCGAGACGACACCACAGCCAACAUGGCGGCUAACCUCAUGAGGCCCGCCUUCGGGCAGGAUCUAUUCCAGGGCCACAUGUUUGCAGGAUCAGCUCAUGCCCAGGCCAUGAAUCUACAGGGUGCUCAGUCUUUCUAUCACUACGGUGCCCAAGGUCUUCACCCAUACUACAUGACACCAAGAUAA